CACUGUUGUAUCAAGAUGGCGGGUGUUUUAUUUGAAGACAUCUUCGAUGUGAAAGAUAUUGAUCCAGAAGGCAAAAAAUUUGACAGAGUGAGCCGCCUCCACUGCGAGAGCGAGUCCUUCAAGAUGGACCUCAUUUUGGACGUCAACAUCCAGCUAUAUCCCGUUGAACUUGGAGACAAGUUCCGUCUGGUGAUUGCUUCUACUCUGCGAGAGGACGGUUAUCCGGACGACGGCGAGUACAACCCGGCGGACACGGGCCCUUCUCGUGCGGACAGUUUCGAAUACGUCAUGUACGGCAAGAUAUACCGUAUUGAAGGAGACGACAUUGCAGGGGAGACCACUAGGCUAGCGUCGUACGUGUCCUUUGGUGGACUCCUGAUGCGCCUGCAGGGAGACCCGAACAACUUGCACGGCUUCGAAGUGGACAACCACGUGUACUUGCUCAUGAAAAAGCUGGCAUUCUGAAGCUGCCCGGGAAGAGUCAUUACGAACGUUGUCCAUAUCAUCAGUCAUCAUGAGGUCGUCCUUUGUAAUUAAAAGAUUCAUUUUCUACCGA